GGACAGCAAAAUCUCUUCAAUAAUCCUUCCGUGAGCGCGAAUAUUCUGGCUGUUCCGGUUUCGUCGUCCCCUCCGAAAUGGAAAAGGCGUCCAUGCGGAUGUGCUACUAAAAAGCUGUGGAAACUCAACCGAACAAGGUUGACGUACUAUGAAAACUGUGUGUUCGUGUUCCCUUCCCUAGAACUCCCAUGAUGUGUACCACCGACGACUAUCGGGCAGGGACUGACACUACUAGACCUUGCUGACCGUUGACACGCAGUCUUAGUCUAGACAACGCAACAAUUCUCUUCGCGGUCCUCUUCACGGGAGUUGUCCUGUUCCAUGUACUCCCUGUAGGCCUUGUGUCGUUAUGUGUGUUGUAACUAAUCCUUCAUGCGUGUACAGAAAAUGUUGGACGAGAAAUCGAUGCCCGUGUAAGGAGGUAAUUCCGUGAGAGCUUCGAACAUCUCCGAACAUUGGAGAUAGUGUACAAGAUCCGGUUUGUUCUUGAGUGCACACGAUUAUAGCUCGUUUUCAGUUCAAAGCACAUAGCACACAGCCUCACAAUGUUAGAGGAGGAGCUGGAGAUAGCGCUGAAGGUGAUCGUAGUCGGGAACGGUGGCGUCGGCAAAACCUCCAUGGUGCAGCGAUACUGCAAGGGUAUCUACACGAAAGACUACAAGAAAACGAUCGGGGUGGACUUCCUGGAGCGCCAGAUCGAAAUCGAUGGGGAGGACAUACGGAUCAUGCUGUGGGACACGGCCGGUCAGGAAGAGUUCGAUGCCAUCACGAAGGCGUACUACCGGGGGGCACAGGCGUGCGUCCUCACCUUCAGCACCACGGACCGUGCCUCGUUCGAGGCGAUCCGCGAGUGGAAGCGCAAGGUGGAGAACGAGUGUAGCGAAAUACCGACCGUGCUAGUCCAGAACAAGAUAGACCUGAUGGAUCAGGCCGUGGUGUCGUUCGAGGAGGCGGAAGCGCUUGCGCACGCGCUCGGCUGCCGGUUGAUCCGGACGUCCGUGAAGGAGGACGUGAAUGUGGCGGCCGUGUUCCGGUACCUGGCGACCAAGUGCCACCAGAUGAUGAAGCAACAGUACAGCCAGUCGGCCCCGAUCAGCCAGCCGACGAUCAGUGCCUUUAGUCCGACGUUUCAGUCGAAAGCUGCCAGCAACACGAUCACCCUGACGAGGCCAUUGGUGAAGCGCAAACCGCUCCAGAAGCGGUGCGGGAUAUUCUAGCUCCGGGAUACUGUAGAAUUAGUGUAUCGUUACGUUGUUUUUCGUUUUUAGGAUGUAGAGGAGGUUAGAGGUGCUGUGGUAGGGGGCGUGUAUUGUUGACUGUGCAGAUAUAGAGAGCGUAGAUCAGUGUACCUCAAGAUGUCGUGCCUGCAGAUGCAGAGUAGCCUAAGAAUACUCAGUACUGGAAGACUAUACCAACAAGUGCCUCAAGAUGAUUUUUUUUUGUGUAGCUAGUGUAGGAGUCCCAAUAGCCCCAGAGCUUCGUAGGUUUUUCAUCAUUCCCAAAGAGAAGGAAAAAUUGGACGAAUGUCCCAAGGGAGUCCUCUUCCAGCGGUUCCCAUUCACCACUCAAAGACAAUUUUAAUUAACUAAUCUUGAUUCUAAAAAAACUCCAGCUCUGCUUUAUCUCUACAGCUCGAAUGUAUAAUUAUCUCUAGAAGCCAUUCCCAUGCGGCAAUCCCCGUGGGCGGCUCCUCCGAGAGAACUAACCCAUGAAGUCGAAAGCGGGUCGUAGAUAAUCUUCCAAAAUUAGCGGUCUCGUGGAUAACGGUCAUCAUUACAUACCACUUUCGCGAUGAUCCCGAUUAGCUAAACAGCAUGCCGUAGGUAGGUGGUAGGUGGCCAAGCCAGCUAGGGAAUUGCACACACAAAAAACUCGGGAGAUAGGGAAGGAAAGCUGCGGCCCUCCUCCCAGCCACGGUGACAAAUUUAGUCGGACUAGAAAUAGAGGGAAUCCGUGCCUGGCAGUGCAAAAUUUCCCACACAGGAAACAAAGCGAAAUCAGAGAUCGCAGACACGCGGCGAUGUUAAUUAAAGGCUCCAAAAUUCGACUGGUAAAACAAUACUCAUAAUUAGUGUCGCUUUUGUAUAGGAGGCGGCAGUUUCUCUCUUUCUCUCGGGAGUCUGCAAAAUCAUGCAAAAAGGGUGGGUGAAACAAAAUCCAUUAAUUGUUCGAUCGAACAAGCGAAGGAAGGAAGCGCACAGUGAGACGAAGUCAAUCAUGCUCAAACGGUACGUUACAGCUUAGUUAAACGAGAUGGUAACGAGCAGCAGCAGCGGCAGCAACAGUAAUAGUGAAGUAACCAAUAGCUAGGGAAUUAUUAUUGUAACGAUUGUAGUGAACGAAUGAAGAGGAUGCCGAAUAAUAAUGAACACAGCAAAAAGAAGUAUCUAAAAUGCCA